UAUUCCAGAACGUUGCUGUGGUAGCGACGGGCGCCAUGUUCGGGGAGAUGGGAAGCGUUUAGGCGGUUGGAGCGGUUCUUUGUUGUUGUCGGGUCCCCAUUUCCCGCUCAUGCUUCGUGGCUGCGGCCUGUGACUGGCGGACCGGGGGCACAAUGCCUCUUCCACAUGGGAACCUCGGAUCACAGCAGCCACAGAAAAAUUUUGGUAUUACCUCGCCGAUUAGUUUAGCAUCACCUAAGGAAGCCGACUGCACCCUCAAUCAGAAACUCAUUGAGACGUUAAAGCCUUUUGGCGUUUUCGAGGAAGAAGAGGAGCUGCAGCGUAGAAUUUCCAUUCUUGGAAAAUUGAACAACCUGGUAAAAGAAUGGAUACGAGAGAUCAGCGAGAUCAAAAAUCUACCACAAUCUGUGAUUGAGAACGUUGGUGGAAAGAUUUUUACUUUUGGAUCUUACCGACUGGGAGUUCACACGAAAGGUGCUGACAUUGAUGCCCUGUGCGUUGCUCCAAGACAUGUUGAUAGAAGUGACUUUUUUUCUUCCUUCUAUGAAAAACUGAAACAACAGGAUGAAGUCAAAGACUUGCGGGCCGUGGAGGAAGCGUUUGUACCCGUUAUCAAACUGUGCUUUGAUGGAAUCGAGAUUGAUAUUUUAUUUGCGAGACUUGCGCUUCAAACUAUUCCUGAGGACUUGGACCUCCGUGAUGAUAGUCUACUGAAAAACUUGGACAUAAGAUGCAUACGAAGUCUUAAUGGUUGCCGUGUUACCGAUGAAAUUCUCCAUCUAGUGCCGAACAUUGACAACUUCAGGUUAACUCUAAGAGCAAUCAAAAUGUGGGCCAAGCGCCACAACAUAUAUUCUAACAUACUAGGCUUCCUUGGAGGAGUUUCAUGGGCUAUGCUAGUGGCCAGAACCUGCCAGCUGUAUCCUAAUGCUAUAGCAGCGACCCUCGUGCAUAAGUUUUUCUUAGUAUUUUGUAAAUGGGAAUGGCCUAAUCCUGUCCUGUUAAAGCAACCCGAGGAAUGCAAUCUUAACUUGCCAGUAUGGGACCCAAGGAUAAAUCCCGCUGAUAGGUUCCACUAUAUGCCUAUUAUUACGCCAGCCUACCCUCAGCAGAAUUCUACCUACAACGUGUCUGCUUCUACACGAAUGGUUAUAAUCGAGGAGUUUAGGAAAGGUCUCGCUAUAACAGAUGAAAUCAUGAUCGGUAGGGCAGAUUGGUCCAAACUUUUUGACGCACCAAACUUCUUUCAGAAGUACAAGCAUUAUAUAGUCCUUCUCGCAAGUGCUCCAACAGAAAAGCAACAUCUUGAAUGGAUAGGUUUGGUGGAAUCAAAGAUCCGCAUCCUCGUUGGAAGCCUGGAGAAGAACGAGUUCAUCACUAUGGCUCAUGUGAACCCUCAAUCAUUCCCCGCACCUUCUGAGAACCAAAUGACGGAAGAAUUUCGGACAAUGUGGGUCAUCGGAUUAGUUUUCAAAAAGAUGGAAAAUUCCGAAAACCUCAGCGUUGAUCUUACGUGUGAUAUUCAGUCUUUCACUGAUACAGUUUACAGACAGGCAAUGAACAGCAAGAUGUUUGAAAAGGACAUGAAGAUAGCAGCGAUGCACGUCAAGAAGAAGCAACUCCACCAGCUUCUUCCUCAUCAUGUUCUUCCUAAAAAGAAAAAGCAUUCAGUGGAAAACGUGAAGCUGGUAUCUAUGAAUGAUAGCCUUGAUUUAUCAAUGGACAGUGACAACAGCAUGUCUGUGCCUUCUCCAACCAAUGCAAGCAAGACCUGUCAAUUGAAUACUUCUGGCUUAUCUCAAGGCUCAGUAACUCCAGUGUCCGUUUCUCUGACCAACACAAUGGCUGCUGAUGUCACUGCGCCCCCCAGCAAGGCCACGGAGAACUCAGGGGGUGGUUUUGAUGGAAGCAUUCCGGAAACCGCAGGGCACCCUGUCAUUUCCACACCAAAGCCCGUGAUAUCCAGGGUGGUCUCCAGCACUCGCCUGGUGAACCAAGUCCCGAAGCCUCUGACGCAAGCGGUUCCAAAACUGAGUCCUAUAGCGAGUGUGAAGCGGACGGGAUCUCCCAUAAAAGAUGUCAGCCCCAAAAAAAUCAAGACAGACGAGGGUGAAAAUACUGACAUGGACGAGAAUGAAAAAAUGGAGGUAGACGUCGUAAAGGAUGAAGAAAGCGAGGGAAAGUCUGCAUCUCCCGUCCCGAGUGCGUCACCACCUGCUCAGUAUGGGGACCCAUGGGAGACAUUUGCUAAUUCUUUCAAUCAGCAAUCACCCAGCACUGACCUGUCAGAUAUUCCUGUUCUGCCCGCUAAUCCUAUUCCUGUUAUCAAGAAUUCAAUUAAGCUGCGACUGAACCGGUGAACAAAUAUCCCCCCGCGUUUCCGCCUCAGGGUCCACAAACAAUCGCCGCCAGUCGUGUUCUCCGCUGCGCUGCCAGAGCCCCGAAGAUCUAUGAAUUCAAUGCGUUUUGGGUUCUUUCUGGGCCCCGACCAUCUCUCUGGCAGGUCCGGGUCGGUAUGAAGCACUACGCUAACCAUACGAAAGGACCCAUCGCUAUACCGGAAACCGGAUGAAACAACUGUAUUUAUAUAUCUGUACUGAGCAUCCGGGCCGAAAAUGAUUAAUGUAAAUUUUUUUUGCAAAUUGUACAAUAUAUCUUGCCUAAAAACCUUUCUUUCAGCUGUUGCACUUUUAUGUUUCUUUUAAUUGUAGUAACAGAUUUUAGACGUUUUUUUUUAUCAUUAUUUUAGUUCUUGGUUUCAUUCAGCUGCUACAAGUGUUGGCAUGUUGGAUCGCAACACUGGAAGUAUGUUGGGGGGGUUUUGGGGUUUUUUUUGUUUAGUUUUUUUUUUAUAUGUAUGUGGGCAAAUUGGGAGUCAGAUCAUGGAGAUGGUGGAUUUUCGCCCCAAUCAAGACAUCAAGAGUUCACCCAUGAAACCCCAAAAUGCGUUUGGGUUUAGUUUUGUGCUCUAUAUGUUCUCGCGCCCAGAAAAUCUUUUUGGCUAGGGUACUAUUCAGGUUUUAUCGAAUGUAAAGGCCGAUGACAAUAAGGUUAGAUCUAGACCGGUGGCCAGAGUCAUUCAUUCUGUGCUUUCCUUUACACAUUCAUUCACACAUUUUUUUUUCUUUUUUACUAAAGAGUAGAGAUUUGUAAUCCAUUUACCAAACUUUUGAGAAUGAGCAAGGCUGCCGUUUGAAUGUGCCUCGGUCACGCCAGCCCCCGCUAUAAAAACUACAGCUGUGUAUCAAGGGGUAUUUGAACAAAAAAAAUAA